AUCCAAUGGACGGCCCCAAACCGCCAUUCUCCUAAAACCAUUCCAGCUACGACGUCGUCGUCCUUUGUUCGACGCUUUUUCCUGCGUCCCAAACCAAACAUAUACAGCUGCUGCUGCUUGUUGCAGAUAGAAGGCUGGAAUGCAAACUGAAGCUAGAGCUCGGGUGGUGGUGGAAGGAGGAGGAGGACGCGGCGGGCAGAGGGUUAUGAAUACUGGCCAUGGAGCGGUGGUGGUCGACGGAGGCGCCUCCGGUGCUGCCCAUAAGUUGAUGGAGCAGCAUAAGGAGAGAGCCUUUCAUCAUAAUCAUCAAUCGCACAUCGGAACAGUUUCGCAGCUUCUCGCCGGCGGAAUUGCCGGUGCUGUGGGCAAGACCUGUACCGCUCCUCUUGCUCGCCUCACUAUUCUCUUUCAGCUACAAGGAAUGCAUUAUGAUGCUGCUAGCCUGAAGAAAGCUAGUAUUUGGCAUGAGGCCAGGCGUAUCAUGAGAGAAGAGGGAUUUCGGGCAUUCUGGAAGGGAAAUUUGGUCACAAUUGCUCAUCGUCUGCCCUAUUCUUCUGUCAGCUUUUAUACAUUUGAGCGCUAUAAGAAUCUCCUACAGUUAAUUUGGGGAGUUGAAAGUCCAGGAGAAAAUGUAAGAAAAGACCUUUGUAUACGACUUAUAGCAGGUGGGUUGGCUGGAAUAACUGCUGCUUCUGUUACAUACCCUCUGGAUCUUGUAAGGACACGCCUUGCUGCUCAGACAAAUGUUGCCUAUUACCGUGGUAUUUGGCAUGCUCUAUGUACAAUUAGCAGGGAAGAAGGUGCCUUUGGCCUCUAUAAAGGACUUGGAGCAACUUUAUUGGGUGUUGGUCCUAAUUUGGCAAUCAGUUUCUCGGUUUAUGAUACAGCAAGGACAUUAUGGCAUUUUCACAGGCCAGAUGACUCAACUGUCUUGGUCAGCCUUAGUUGUGGCAGUCUAUCAGGCAUUGCAUCAUCCACCGGCAGGAGAAAUGACAAUGGUAUAACCUCACUCCUCGCAAAAGUCUUUGAAGGUUGGCCUUGUACUAAUAUUACUCGAAUACCUAAACAUGACCAGCAGCUGUCACUCUUUUACCUGGAAAAGCUCUAGAUCCAGCACAACUUAUAAGAUAGUGGUGCUUCUUCUGGCGCUCAGAAUAGUGUAAACUGAGUUGCUGGUUUACAACCUUCUGGUUGUAUUCGGAAACAUUCUAUUGAAUGUACCAGGCGUGUGUAGGUAUGCACUACUUGCUAACGGGAUAUGGUCAUAGUGAGUUAGAUUUAGUUCAGUCUACAUGGAAAAAGACACAUUUUUUUAAUAAAUUGCUAUUGUUUUAAUAAGUGCGUUUUUUAAGAGGAACUAUGCAAUUGAUCUAACCUCUUUUAUUGUUUAACCUUUUUUUGUUGUACUUGAUGCUGAAGUUCCAUCUGACACACAUUGUGCUAGUGUUGCUUUUGUUUCUUGUAAACAUUUUGUUUUAACUAUUCUUUUGAUUGUUUCAUUCUUCAGAGUACUGCAAACUAAAGAUUGUAGAGAAUUAUUGCAGUUAUAUAUUCAUGCUUUGUCCCCAGAAUUUGCUGCAAUUAUGUUGCGUACUGCUUCUACAUAUUGCACAGAAACCAAAGAGAGAGUUGUAGAUAAUGAUGGGUUUUGACAGUUGAAAAGUGGAUCACUCGCUGCUGAGUUACAUGAAUAAACCCCUUCUUUUUGGUAUUUAAUGAAAGAUGUUACUGGCUCUCGCUGUCUUCAUUGCUUUUGAUGCAGAGAAGCAGAUAGAGGUCCAAGUGUUUACUAAGUAACUAAUCAGACUGGUCCUUAGAGCUAGAUGCUCUCAAAUGUUUGGAAUAUGGGAAUUUGUGCAAGGAAAGUGGAACAAAAAUUUUUACUUCUUGCAGUUCAGAAAGUAAAUUUAUUGUUUACGUAAGAGUUUUAAUAGUAUAACUUUCGGUGUCCUACAUUCAUUGGAUGCUUGGCUCUCCAAACAUGCAGUUGGCUCCAUAUAGGGUGGCUAUUUUGAGGUGACCCAAAAUGUGUUUGAGGUUGCCAGAUGUGAGAGGCGUCCUCUUU